AUGAACAACACCACGCGAUUACAGCCGUCAUUCCCACCGUACGCACAAACCGUCGUGGGAAUCGUGUUUGGGAUACUGCUGCUGUUAACCAUCGUCUUGAACGUCAUGGCUCUUCGCGUUCUCUACCGUACACGGGCGCGCUAUUCCGUCUUAUUCAGCGUGUACCUCGCACAUGUCUUCCUCUCCAACAUCCUGGUUAAUCUCCUGGACAUCCCUUUUGAUUUUUUCGACAAAAUGUUCCCCGGGCAUUUGACCUUUACGCCGUGUAUCGUCUAUUCCUACGUGAACUGGAUGCUAUUUGCCAUUCUCACCAACGCGCAUUUACUCAUCACCCUCAACCGCGUCUGGGCGGUGGUCCAUCCCUUCAGCUACCACCGUCUCCAGCAUUCGCUGCGAUUAGCUGUUGGCUCGUGUGCGGUCACGUGGCUGUUUGUCCACGUGUGUGCGGGACCGUUGUUCAUCUACCGCAUCUACCGCCUCAACGAGCACGACACGUGUUUAAUAGAUAUGACGGACUAUUCCCCGGCGCAAAGCAUCCCCGUGCAGAUCUGGGAGACCGCGGUCUUCGCGGUCCUCUUCGUGGUGCCCAUUGUCAGCAUCGUGGCGCUGUAUCCGUGGAUUGCGUGGAAGCGGAAACAGGCCAAACGCUUUUUACGACGGGAUAGUACGAAGGUGGCGCGGCAGUCGGUGACGGACGGAAAGACCUUCCGGGUGCUGAUGGUGCUGACCGGGAGUCUGCUGUUCUCCUGGAUCCCGGAGCUGAUCUGGUGGAUUAUGCAGGAUUGGGUGGGGAUAGAUGCGGCGGUGUACGCGGUGAUUGAUUUGGUCUUGGAUAUGACGUGGGCGGCGCAGGGGCUCCUGGAUCCGACACUGUUUAUUAUGGUUCUACGGGAGUAA